GCGGGCGCGCGAGACGAAGCGCAACAAGCCGCCUUUCCUCGCCAAUGCAAAGUCUCCUGGCUUGGGGAAUGACAGCAGCAGCGAGCAGCAGCUGGAGCCCCACCUCCUCCUCCUCCUCCUCCUCUACCGCGCUCCCGGCUGGGGUGGAAUCGAGUUGCGCUCCGCCCCUGCAGCCAAUCGCGCCCCGCGCAAAGCCACCACGGGCCUCGCCUCGCCUGGGGCUGAGUCAGCGGCGGAGGAAUGCGAGGCGCCCCCUGCUCCUCGGGGAGGGGGCGUUGCACCUCCGCUGCCGAGGCCAUGACGUCAUGGGCCAUGUUAAUGACUAGCUUGUGAGGAGCGGGGGCUCCGCGGGGCGCGCGGCUCACUUGUGCCGGAGAAGCAGGCGGGGAGAGAAGAGAGAGGGAGACACGGCUCCGACGGCGCGCCCGGACGCAGCGCCGUUCUUUGCUCCGGGGGUCGCCUUCGCUGGUGCGCGGGCUCGCCAUGGCCCUGCCCGGGCACCGCCAGGCGCCGCCGCCGCCACCUCCUCCACCGCCACCUCCAUCGCCGGCUCCUCUUCCUCCUCUUCUUCAGUAAAGCCGGCAAAAGAAGGACGGCCGGCAGCCAGUUGUGAAGGCUUCUAUUUUCUCCACUUCCCUUAGCAAGGAAUGCUGUGACUGUGGAUGGUCCAGAAAGCUGCCCGAGGAAGGAGAGCCAGCGCCAGCCCUGGGCUAAAAUAACCAGACUGGAAAAGAGCAGAGGGAGGGGGAAGCAAAACACCCCAAAGAAAACAGCUACAUAACCCAUAUAUCCCCUCGCAACAUCUUCACACAUUGCUGUGCCUUGUUGAGAAAUACAGCUGUACAAGUCCCACACACAGGAACCACGCAGUGUGUCUGUUUUCCCUUGCCACCAUGUGUCAUCGUCCUUGGCAGAAUUAAGAAGCAGCCAGUGGCCUUUUGGACGGGCGAGGAAGAAGAAGAGCAAGCAAACCUCAGAACCCGUCUCCGAACAUCUGUGCUGUUUUUGCACUGAACAACGUUGUAAAAUAGAGGUUUAAAAAAGGGCGUGAGUGGGAAGAAAAAAAAAGGAACUUCUAGGGGAUUCUCCUACUUUUUUUUCCCUUGCAAACAAAUAUAGAUAUAUAUAUAUAAGGGAGUGCCCCACACAGAUUUUUUUUCCUGUUCUCGAUAUUGCACGCGGACAUUCACUUGCACCAACCAUGAUGUUUCGAGACCAGGUUGGAGUAUUGGCAGGUUGGUUCAAAGGCUGGAAUGAAUGUGAACAGACAGUUGCUUUGCUUUCCUUACUGAAGAGAGUGACUCGGAGCCAGGCCCGUUUCCUUCAGCUCUGCCUUGAGCAUUCCCUGGCCGACUGCACAGAACUGCACGUUCUGGAAAACGAAGCCAACAGCCCUGGAAUCAUUAACCAGUGGCAGCAAGAAUCAAAGGACAAAGUGAUUUCUCUAUUGCUCACCCACCUGCCUUUGCUGAAGCCAGGGAAUAUUGAAGGAAAAGUGGAGUACAUGAAGCUCCUUCCCAAAAUCCUGGCUCACUCAAUUGAACACAACCAACACAUAGAGGAGAGCAGGCAACUCCUGUCCUAUGCUUUGAUCCAUCCUGCCACAUCCCUGGAGGACAGGAGUGCUCUUGCCAUGUGGUUGAACCAUUUGGAGGACCGCACGUCGGGUACCUUUGGCAGCCAAAACAGAGGCCGGUCUGACUCGGUGGAUUAUGGGCAGUCUCAUUACUAUCACCAAAGACAGAACUCGGAUGAUAAACUCAACGGGUGGCAGAGCUCUCGCGAUUCUGGCAUAUGUGUGAAUGCCUCCAGCUGGCAAGAUAAAAACUUGGGGUGUGAGAAUGGCCACCUCCCCCUCUAUUCCUCGUCCUCGGUUCCUGCAACCAUCAACACGAUUGGGACUGGUACAGGCACAAUUCUCUCAAGUCAGACCCACCACAGCCCUCUGAAACGGUCUGUGUCCCUCACCCCACCCAUGACUGUGCCUAGCCAGCCCCUUGGACACGGAUGGAUGUCUCAUGAGGACUUGCGGGAUAGGGGACCCCAGGGCAUCCCUUCCGAUCAUGCCCCCCUGUCUCCGCAAAGCAGUGUAGCGUCUUCAGGCAGUGGUGGGAGUGAACAUUUAGAAGAUCAGACUUCUACUCGUAACACAUUCCAGGAAGAAGGGAGUGGUAUGAAAGAUGUUCCUGCCUGGCUCAAAAGCCUGCGUCUCCACAAGUAUGCUGUCCUUUUUUCCCAGAUGACCUACGAUGAAAUGAUGUCCUUGACUGAAUGUCAUCUUGAGGCUCAAAAUGUUACCAAAGGUGCAAGGCAUAAGAUUGUGAUCAGUAUCCAAAAGCUAAAAGAGAGGCAGAAUCUCCUCAAAUCCUUGGAAAGAGAUAUCCUAGAAGGAGGCAAUCUGCGCCUCCCGUUGCAGGAGCUUCACCAAAUGAUCCUUACCCCAAUCAAAGCGUACGCUUCUCGGAACCUGUCAGUGGAUGAGCACAGUUCUCAUCUCCUUCGACCAACUUCUCUGAUUGGCUCAGACAACCCAGGGUCAGAUUGCAAGGACUCUGCCUCAGAAGGGAUGCAGCACCACACCUUACCCGGUUGUGAGGGGGAAACUGGAGGUGUCCCUUUGCCAGAAGGGGACAUCCCGGGACAGUUUACUAAAGUGAUGGGAAAAGUUUGUACCCAGCUCCUUGUCUCCAGACCUGAUGAGGAGAAUAUAAGCUCCUAUUUACAACUCAUAGACAAAUGCCUAAUUCAUGAGGCAUUUACUGAGACACAGAAGAAAAGACUGUUGUCAUGGAAACAGCAGGUGCAAAAACUAUUCAGGUCUUUCCCUCGCAAAUCCAUCUUAGACCUCUCGGGAUACCGGCAGCAAAGAACCCGAGGUUUUGGCCAGUCAAACUCCUUACCGACAGCUGGAUCUGCAGGUGCAGGAAUGGGCAGAAGAAACCCACGCCAAUUCCAAAUUCCCUCUCGAAAUCUCCCCACUACACGGCUGGGGCUUUUGGGUCCCAGUGGCCUCCUAGGUGCCAGCCAGCGCAAUGGAGCUGCCAACCCCACCAUCUUAAAGCAAGGAAGACAGAAUCUUUGGUUUGCAAAUCCAGGAGGAAGUAACAGUAUGCCCAGCCGAAGCCAUAGUUCUGUACAGAGGACCCGUUCACUGCCCGUCCACACCUCUCCUCAGACCAUGCUUAUGUUUCAGCAACCUGAGUUCCAGGUCCCAGUGACAGAACCUGAUAUCAAUAAUAGGCUGGAGUCCUUGUGCCUGAGUAUGACUGAACAUGCCCUAGGAGAUGGUGUUGACAGAACCUCAACUAUCUAGAAGAUGGAAGAAUCUGCAGUGACAACGCUGGCCGUGAGAAAAUUUGGCUGCUGGACCAGUGGUAGAUUUCAUGAUGAGUCCCUUGUCAUGCUAAGGAUCCCUGGAGAUACAUUGCAUCCUUUCAUUGCUGUUUCCUUCUGUUCUUCUCUCUGCCUUCUCUCUCUUCUCCAUCUCUGUUUCCUUUGUGAAGGGCUGCUUAUCUUAAUGGUUAUGCCAGAAGCAACACAGCAAUUGUGUCAUCAGAGAUAGCACAUGCACACACAAAAACAACUUGGAGCAAGCAAAACAAGUUGGGGGACUUCACCUAAGGGCUGGCAUCCCGGUGCAUGUCUUAAAAGUAUCUAAGGGCAGGCAUCUUAAUAGCAAGGGAAUGGGCAGGAGGUCUCCAGUGGAAAUGGGGGUGAGUGGGGUGGGUGUUUGAUGCAAGUGUUCUAUAUGAAGAAGGAGACCUUUAAGUAUAUUAUUGACGCAUGGUCAAGAAGAAGGGAAUUGCACAUUGUUUGUCUGUAAAUAUGAGCUGUAUUUCACUGACAUUCAAACCACAAUGGGAGCUAUGGUUUCAUUGAGUGGGAUAGAAAGGAAACUCAAAAGGCCAAUUGGUUUUGCCUCAGUUACAUUAAAAAAAACUAGCUUUGAAUCCUGAGCAUUGUUUACAUAUGAAGGCGGAUAGAAUAAAGCAUGUUGCACGUGCUUCAAACUCCACCUUCCUUCUUCUGCAGAGAAACAAUGGGGUAAAGCCAGCCUAGUUUCCAAACUUGACCUGGAGAGCCAUCGUGCAUGGAUGGCCAAUAUCCCUGCUGCUCUGGGAAACUACCAGUGCCCCAGUCCCAAUUGCCAAAUUCCUGUAUGAGAUUGUAUGUAUGUGGUGCAGAUAAAAUCUCUUGAGACAUCCAGUGGCUGGGAUAAGGGCACCCCCAGAAGGAAGGGAUACCAGCAGCUUUGGCUAGAAUCAAGUCAAAUCCUUCUGAUCUUGGAGGAGCCAGGGAUUCCCACUUUCCUUCUCAUCUUGCCAUUAAUAAUAGAUCUUUUGCAUGGUAACUGUGUGUGUGUGUGCGCGCGUGUGUGUGUAUAUUUCUUUUUUUCUUUUUGGCGUCAUAGCAGGUUUUGCCUUUUUAAAGAAUGUCAAAAGUUUCUAGAGAAUUUCAGGCACUUAUAACAUUUUUGUUGACUUUCCAAGCUGGGCCAGAGCAGGAUGCCAAAGAAAUGCUGUAGAGCAGAAAGAAGAAAGGUUGAAGAGAGAGUCCUGUUCCUUUGAUUUUGCAAAGAGAGAGAGAGAGAGAGAAUGAGAGAGAAUGACUUUUAAAGAUGCUUCAUUGAGGUUUGGCACUAGAACAUUGGGAUGCUCAAGAAUAGCUUUAUGAAAGUUAGUAUCAUUAUACAGAACAGUCUUUUCUCUGAAAAAGAAGAGGCAUAUACCAUAUACACCAUGGAGAUUUCUUCUUGAUCUUGGUUUGGUUUGGUAGCAUUUGGAAUUCAGAAGUUAGGGAAGCAAAUUUACAACAUCUGUUCCACCCCUAACUCUACCCCUGUUCCAAAGUAUUAUCUAGACAACAACUAAGAAACAAUUAGCAAAACAGCAUUAUAAUUGCAGCCUCAUAACAGUGGUGGUGUAAUCCAAAGAUGAAUAACAGUGGGCACCAGCUGCAAUUGCUUCCAGGCCCCUUCCAAACAUCCCUACAGGCUGAUUUGACCCUAGGUAGAAUUAAAGGGAAAAAUGAAGUGCCGUAAGCCUCUUACACUUUAACACUUUAAAUCUGCCAAUUACCAGCAAGGCCAAAAUGCUGAGGACUUGAGUUAUGCUCACGAACAGAGAACCCUCAUGCUGGUCUCUGCUUUAACCCACAUUUUUCCACUUCUAUACUAAUUAUGUACCAAGAAGAAGAGACUGCUUUUAAAUAGAUAUAUGUGCAGACAUGAAAAUGCAAUAUGUACCAGUGCAUCACCUACCAGAUAAUAGCAAGUGAUAAGAUGUCCCUUAGAAAUCAGUAUUUCACUUUACCAUUUCUGAUCAUAACAAUGCAGAAAUAAUUGAUACUUCAGCUCUAUGGUAACUGUUCAAUCCAUUGAAUAACAAAAUUACAUUUUGGUAUAACUUCCUGACCCUCCUGUGGAAGAAAAAUAGCUGUGCAUCUUCUUACUCAAAGAUGCAUCCUUAAUUCGUGUGUGUGUGUGUGUGUGUGUGUGUGUGUGAAUGAAAGAGAGAUAGAGAGAGAGAGAAAGAUUGUGUGUGAGAGAGAGAGUGCCAAGCAACGAACUGUAUAUAGUGAAUAAUAAUCCAGUUUGAAACUGGUUGCAUUACCAUGGCUUCUUGCAUUAGGAAUUGUAGUUUUGUGAAGGGGCUGAAGAUUUGUCAUGAUGAAGCCUAUGCUACAGAUUUAAAUUGCUUUGAAACUACUGCUAAAUAGGAAUACUUCCCCCUUCCCAGUUGUGUGAAAAUCCUGAGCUUUCCGUGGUUCUUUAAUUUCAAUUUCAAUACAGAGGCAAAUUUCCCAGAGUGCAGCCAGCAUGAAAGUGGACAUGCCUAAAAUAUGAUGCAGUCAGGCCUAUUUCAGUAAGUCUGUAGUGCAAAUUACUGGGGAGGGGGGAGGUUUCCCUCCCCCAAACAUGGAAUCCAUUUUUGAUAGUAGACAUUUUUUCCACUAAUCAAACUUAACAUAGUGCCAAACAUUUGCUGCUGUGCUGCUUUUUGGUUAGAAAAGGGAAGAAACUAAAGGACUGCUUUUCAAACUCUGUUACUGUUUUAUUUUAUUUUUUUUAAUUGAGGCUAUAAAUGGAAGAGAGAUCCUAAUGGGUUUCAGAUAGUAGUAUUUUAAAGAAUUAAAACAGAUAUUUCUGAACAAAAAGUGCCAAAAUACACUUUGUUUUGUUUUGUUUCAUGUUUACCAGAAUGCCUGUUAACAAAGAAAGGAAACAUAGUUUUAUGUUUAGUGAAGAAGGAGUGCAGUGUUAGAGGCAAAGAUUUUAGAAAGUGAUUUUUAAGGCACCUGAGAAAAGACAUAAUCUGCUAGGCUAGUUUUAGGCAGAGGUUGUUUUUUCCAAUUGAUGGAUUCACAUGCUUGUUCAUUGCUGUAGAUCAGCUUUUUCCAACUGUGGAUCCAUUGCAAAUUCCCAACUAGUAUGGUAUAUGGCCAUAGCAGUGAGAAAUUUUGGGAAUUGUAGUACAACAUAUCUGGAAGAGACCAGGUUAGGUGCGGCUGCUGUGUAAAAUAAGCUGAUUGGUUGCGGUAGGAUAAUCGUCAGGAAUACAGGUGGAAUGGUAUAGAAAAUAGUUUGGAUGUAGAAACUGAGGGGACAGUUCUGUAGACUUGAGUAUUUUGGAAGUCUAUAAACUAUGUACUCAUGCAGGAAUCUGGGCUAGGGUGGGUGGGUGGGUGGAGAAGUAAGAAAAAUAAGUUGUUCCUCAAAAUCAGGGUGCUAUUGUAGAUUAAGGAAGCUUUAGUCCAGGGCCGUUCAAUCUUAAAAACUUGAAGACUUGGUACAGUUCAACUUCCAGAAUUCCUUAGCCAGCCAUGCUGCUGUGGAAUUCUAGGAAUUGAAGUCCACAGAUCUUCAAGUUGCCAAGAUUGGACAAUCCUGCUUGAGUCCAUGUGUGUCUGGAGAGCACCACGUUAAGGAAAUCUGGUCAAAAUACGUAACAAAUUUGAAGUGUUUAUUUAUUCCUUUGCUGAAUAUAGAAAACAGAGGUUAUCUGAUUAUUAAAAUAUAUUAUUUUGGAUAGACAUGUGACAUAACUUGCUGUGGCUGGUACCCAUGUAAAAUUCUGGUGUUAAUGACCAUAUACAUUUUUUUUCUUCUAUUUUCCCCCUUUGGAAAAGAGAACUUAUUUUCCAUGAACACUGUGUGUAGGUACAUUGCUAGUUCGAGCAUGUUUUUUGUAUCUUGUGUAAUGAACAGAGGCUUCAGAAACAUGAUAGAAGCCAUCAUCCCUUCCUCUUAAAUCCUGUAUUGAGUGCAGGUAGAAAACACAGAUUAAAAAAAAAAAACCUCAACUAUCCAAAAUAAAAUUAAAUGUAUUUAUAAAAAAAAAAUAGUUGCAUGCUGAAGGCCAUGGAAGUCAAAUGUUUAGUAUUUUUUUAAAAAGUGGCAGUGCCUUUCAUUUUUGUAUUUACCAUUUAUUGCUCAAUGCAACUGUUUUAUAAUAAGCAAUUAUAUGAUAGUUUCAGAAAAUGCAAACUAUUUCAUUACAUAGAAAUGUGUGUUCUAUUUUUUUCCUUGUUCUCAUUACAAGAGUGUGUAAGCUGGAUACCUCUGCCUGCUCUGCCAGAGAUAACUUUUACUAUACGGUUAUCAUGUAUGAAAUUUAUAUUGGUGCUUCUCUUUCUAGUGAUUUAUGACCAUUGUUGAAUGGGGAAAAACAAAUUUAUGUAACAUAAUUUAGGGUGUGAGGGUAAGGGGAUGAAUUCUAGUUUUUAUGCUGCUUUGAAAUUUAUUUGAGGGAUACUAGUUGACAAGAGGAAAAAUCUGGUAAUGCAGUGGGUGAAGCAUUUUCAUACUUACUCUCUGCACUGUGAUAACUUUCUGUACUGCAACCCAAAGCAAUUCAGCAUUUUGAAGGGUCUUGGCUAUGAUUCACAACAGAGAAUAUACUGUAGGCCAGAAGUCUUCAAACUUGGCAACUUUAAGACUUGUGGACUUCAACUCCCAGAAUUCUCUAGCUGGAGAAUUCUCUAGCUGGAGAAUUCUGGCUGGAGAAUUCUGGGAGUUGAAGUCCACAAAUCUUAAAGUUGCCAAAUAUGGGGACUCCUGCUGUAGGCCUUCGUACUUGUCCUACAGCUAAUUAUUACAUUUAGAAAAGAGCCUGAUAAUAUGCUGAUGGGAGGUAAUUGCCAUUUGACAUGCUGCUUUGUCAACAAUCAGCAUAUACUCAUUCUCAUGAUCAUUGUUAAAUUCCCAAUUAUUGAAGCCCCAUGUGAAUUAGCCAGGAUAACAUUUUAGGCCUUUCCAACUCAGCACCCAAAAUAUCUACUCACUCAUUAUUAUUUAAUGAGAUUUAAAGAUCAGUCAUCAACAUUCAAUUGUGGCUGUUUGGAUAAUAAACACACUUUAUUGAGGCUAGUAGCUUGGUUUAAAAAGGAAUGUAUUUCUGUUUUGUAGCAUGUAAUUCCAAAUGUUAUCUCUAAUUUAGUGUUUCUCAACCUUGGCAACUUAAAGAUGUGCUGACUUCAACUCUGUUAGCUAUGCUGGGGGUUGAAGUCCAAACAUCUUCAAGUUGCCAAGGUUGAGAAACAUUGAUGUAAUCUAAUGGCUCUUUAAAGCACAUAAAGGCUUUGGAGCCUCACACAAGAAGAGAUUUGUGGGCGUCCACAUAGAGCUCCAUAAACAAACAGCUUAUUGAGACCAUCAUGUUUGUGCUGGAAUCCUAUAGAGAGUAGGAUUAAUUGGAGGAGUUAGCAUUCAGUAAGGCAAAUGUCCCAUCCAUAGAUAACAAGACCCUGUGUUCAUUUUGUGUGGUAGACUCGGAGGCAUCUGCAAGUGUCUGUCACCAGGGGACGGGUAAUAUAAGCAACAUUGUCCCAAUGGAAGCUCCACUUCUUUGGUAGAUGCCUUGUGAAGUUGCAUGCAUGUAAGAAAGGGGUAGAGCUUACCUUGAGCUGCUGCUUUUGUCUCGCUGAUUUUUAAUCUUGCAAAUUACUCUGGACAAGCUUGGGUAUUCAGACUCAAGAAAAUUACAACCCCCCUGCCAUUAGGCAGCCUCUUUAUAUUCUCUCUAGACAUUGAGCUUUGGCAGUGCCUUUUCCUCUUGUCUAAGAUGAGGCGAAGAAAUAAAAAUAUCAAAGAAAAACAAAUCUUUCUUUGUGCCGUUUGCUGCUCCUUUUGGGCAACUGGAACCUUUUCCAGUUUGAAACCAAGAUUCAACCCUAUUUUCCUUGUCUUUUCUUGGGAGCAGGCAGAAGAAUGUUUCUUGCUGACCAGCUCUAUUCCCUGAACAAAGAAAUGUUUUGAUGGGAGACAUACAACUUUGUAGGUGUUUCCUUGUCUGUGGCUGCAGAAUUAUGCUCUGAUUUAGCCCUAGAACCCAGGGCCCACCCAGGGUCAGGUUUCUUCUCCUGGGUUUCAGCCAGCUAAACUAGAAGUUCUGAAUGUUCUUGUUUCCCCUUCCUCAUCUCACUUGGGAACACACAAAAUGGGACCUAAGGACGCGUAUCCUGUCUCAUUAGGUGUUGGUUUCAGGGGUGUUGCAUCCUCUGUUUUCACGAAACGAGAUGGGGAAGAGAAACAAAGAGAUGUUCAGAAGAGUAGCAGGUCCACCUUUCUUGUAGCAUGUAGUGAAUACAGUUCCCUUCCUGCCCCUCCCAUCAAGGGUUUUCUGGAUGUGCCUGAUUCUAAAAAGUAGAAAGAGUAGAUCUUGUAGAAAGUAUAAUUUGCACACAGCUAUGAUAACACUAAAGUUGAUUUUAUACAAGUCAUCAAAGUUUGCAAAGUGAGUUUUAUUUUUUGUAUUCCUUUAAUCUUUACUUAAAAGGUGAAUGUGUAUUCCUCUGGGAGGAAUUGCAAGAAAACAGGAAUGUUAAUAAAUGUUUAAAAAUAAAACAGAAUACUUCCUCCCUUAUUAAUAUAUAACCCUUAUGUAUUUAUGCCUACUGUAAGCAAAUGAAACAGCUUGGAUUUCCAUUUUGUUGCAUGCCUGCUAUCGGCAAAAAUGAAAAAAAGAGCCUUCUAUUGUACAUGCAUGCAUUUUAGUCUUGAUCUCUUUCUUUCUGUUUUAUUUUAUUUUAUUUUGGUUAGGGGGAAGCGUGUAUUUCCCCUGCAUAAAGUUAGUGCACAAAGAAAUAUUUUUGCCUAGUUAAUGUUGCCAAGCAAUGCAUAUUUUUAAAAGAAAUUUGUCAUAUAUGGAAAUAGCAUGUUUGUUUACAUGUAUCAGCUUCCUGAUUAAUCAGAAGAAGAAGGAGGGGCAGGGAAAAAGUCUAAUGUUUGGGGAAUGCUGUAAUUUCUUUGCAAGUGUACAGUUUUCAAUUUGUUGUUAUUACUGGUGAAACACCCUUGUGAUUUCAACUUGCUACAAUAUAUAUUUAUUACUCGUUCUCCUUCCAUGUAACUAGGAAUCAUGCCUAUGUUUCAUAUCAACGUUAUAUUGAAAGUGAAGGGAGAUGAUUAAUACAAGAUUUUGUAACAUU